ACGCUUCCCAAAACCCUAACAACAACAACAACACCAACACCAGCAGCAGGAGAAACGGUAGGACAACUCAUUUCUCCUCAAAUCUCAGUUCACGGUCUGCAACCAUGGUUAACCCUAAGGUCUUUUUCGAUCUCACCAUCGGCGGUGUGCCUGCUGGACGCGUCGUGAUGGAGCUCUUCGCCGAUACCACGCCGAGAACCGCGGAGAACUUCCGUGCUCUCUGCACUGGCGAGAAGGGCGUCGGCCGCUCGGGCAAGCCCCUCCACUACAAGGGUUCGACCUUCCACCGCGUGAUCCCCGGAUUCAUGUGCCAGGGCGGUGACUUCACCGCUGGAAAUGGCACCGGAGGCGAGUCGAUUUACGGCGCAAAGUUCGCUGACGAGAACUUCGUCAAGAAGCACACCGGUCCCGGUAUCCUUUCCAUGGCCAACGCCGGACCUGGCACUAACGGAUCCCAGUUCUUCAUCUGCGUGGCGAAGACGGAGUGGCUCGAUGGGAAGCACGUCGUGUUCGGCCAAGUUGUUGAGGGCAUGGACGUGAUCAAGUCUGCGGAGAAGGUCGGUUCCUCUUCCGGAAGGACUUCGAAGCCCGUUGUCGUAGCCGAUUGCGGUCAACUUUCUUAGAUAGUAAUGGGGGAUCUGGAGUCACUUCGUUGACGAUCGAUCUAUAUCAUUAAGGAGUCGCUACAUUUCUUAGGGGUUGAAAUUUCGUUUUCCGAUUACCAGUCCUUUGUUUAUGUCCUGUCAUUUUCCCUUUCUUUUUUUUCUCAGAGGUGGAUUGAUAAAGGUGACUGGCUUUUCGUGGGGGGGUCGGGUCUAGUGGUUCUUGAGAUCUUCAUGUGUUCCUAAUGAACUGCCAUUAAUAAGAUAGGUUUACUUUUAUCGUGA